UAAACGUUAGUUUACGAUCCGCCAUUAAAUCAGAAGAAGAACAAACGUUAGCAUCGUCACGGGUGCAAGCGCCAUUUCACUCUUCAUUCAUUGCGUCGAGGCCUUCGUCGUUUAAGUGGAUACACAGAACUUCAUUAUGGUGAAAAUAUUUAUUGGUAACCUUGCCUGCAAUACCGAACCUGCGGAGCUGCGUGAACUCUUCGAGAAGUAUGGUGAAGUCUCAGAAUGUGACAUUGUCAAAAACUAUGGUUUUGUACACAUGAACAACAAAUCUGAAGCCGAGGAGGCCAUUCAAAACCUUCACCAGUACGAGUUGCAUGGCUGGGCCAUGAAUGUGGAGAUGAGCAAAGGGAGGCCCAAGUCCACCACCAAACUGCACGUCAGCAACCUUGGCGAAGGGGUCACCACUGAUGUUCUGCGGGCCAAGUUUGAAGAGUUUGGCACUGUGGUGGAGUGUGACAUAGUGAAGGACUAUGCCUUUAUUCACAUGGAGCGAAUGGAGGAUGCCAUGGAUGCCAUCAAUAAGCUGGACAACACCGCCUACAAAGGCAAGCUGAUGAGCGUACAGCUGUCCACCAGUCGGCUGCGCACUGCCCCCGGAAUGGGAGAUCAUACCGGCUGCUAUGUCUGCGGGAAACAUGGUCACUGGUCGAAAGAUUGUCGAGUCAGUCGGAACGGUAGCCACGGUGACGGCGCAAGAGGUCGCAGCGGCCGGGGCCCCCCACGUGGUCCCCCAGGUUAUGGCAGGGGCAACUACAGGAUGGACUCACCUCCAGAAGCUGAUUACAUGGGUAGCUCUGCGUAUAGUCGGUCUAGUUACGGAGGUGGGAUGCCGCCUCCCCCUCGUAGGCUUAGCGGCUACAGCUCUGAGCUGGGGGAUAGGUACGCCAGCAGAGCGCCAGGCUCCUUUGCUGAGAGGUCAUCAGCCUAUGACCGUGAACGUCUCUAUAGCAGUGUUGACUAUUAUGAGAAGUACAGAGCUCGCCCUUAUGGCUCAAGCUAUUUCGAGGAUCGUCGCAUGUCCUAUCUCCCCCCUCCCCCACCUCCCCCUUCCUCCCUGUCAAAGUUCUCCAGUAUAGAUCCAUAUGAUCGUCGGCCACUUCCUCCAUCUUCAUCGGCUGCCGCAUACUAUGCACGAGACCGCAGCCCAAUCAGACGAGUACCAGUCUCCUCGGCUGGCUACGCCUAUGAGUCAACACGGCUGUCCCCGUUGUCAGGCUCCAGGAGCUCCCAUGCUCCUCCACGACCCAAGGAUCGCUAUGCGCCAUACUAAAGCCAUGGUGUCAAGGUCUGUGAACUACAGGACUUUUGCUGUCAUUUCUUCAAGUUACGUGAUUCCAUCAGUCUGCGGGAUGGGCGGCAAAGCAUUUGAGUUGUGGAAAUUAAGUCGGCAUCUUCCAGACACCUGACAUGCCAGUUGUCUGCAGAUGAAUCGUCCUUUCAAUCAUAUUCACAUAACCGGUUUUCAAUAAGACUAAGGAUGAUUAGCAAACUGCACAGUUUUACCAUUAAUGAUGUAUAAAACAAUAAUUUGCUCCCAUGCUCUGCAGGUCUUCAGCUCAGUUUUUAGCCAUGUCUUUUUUUCUUACCUGUUACUUCCUCAAAUGAAGCAAAUGUUAAUUGUUUGGCUUCAGUUUGUCAUUUAGAAAGUGUUCUUGUGUCCUUAAAUAUAUGAAAAUGUACCCUCCUUUUUUUUUUAAUGGAAUGAGGUUUAACCCAUGCUGCAUCAGUUGCGUGUCGUGCAGAAUCAUCUUGAUCUGAAUCAGUUAUAUGGAUGUGGAUAAAGAUAAAUGUUUUUUUUUUUGUUUGUUUUUUUUAAAUGAUGAUCAUUGGGGUCUAUCAUUGUGCUGUGAAAUAUGUUUUCUUACAGCUUAAACCAGUAAUUUUCACAGAGAAGUUGCUUCUUUUAUGCUUGAAAGGGUGAAAGACUCAGGCAGUGGUCUAGUUGUGGGUGCGAAAGUACAUGCCCUCUUCACCGUCUGAAGUACAUGAAUGGACUCAGUGAUUCACACUGAUGAAGACAAUAGAGAAAUGAAUCCAUAUUCAUGCUAUUGACCUGGCUGAGUUUUCAGUUAGGACACAGAAUCCCACUUUGAGUUAGUAUCUAUGGUAAACAAAUAAUCUCACAUUCCAGCCUCAUUAUUUGUAAUUUGAAUGUGUGUCUACAAAAUAUAAAAUUGAUAAUUUUACGACACGUAAUGAGGUGUCUGCUGGUCUGAAAUAGUUAAAAUAAAAGUAACAUUAAGUGACACCAAAACAAAAAUGUCACAUGACAAGCACUGUGCAACUUAAGUAACAUCUUGACUGUUUUCUUCCCAAUGGUAAUGUUGCACACUGUGCCCACAGCUGCCAACAGAAAAUAACCUCCCAUCACUUGAAUUUUAGUGUGGGAUGGAUGUUCAUUGUAUCUAUACAACACAGCAUAAGCAGAUAAAGAAACGAGACAGGACUCAGGGCUUGGGCUGUAUAAGUCAUGAGGCACUUUCAAAGGUGCCUUUGUUCGUUUUGCAUAAAGGUGAAUUUGAAGUUUGUAUUUUUCAUACUAGCUGUAAAAGUACCAGCAUACGUUAAAAAUCUAAAAUGAAUAUGAUUUUUAAUAAAAACCAAACUUAUUUUGGUGA